AAAGUUAUAAUAGUUAUAGGAAUGGAGGCUACAGAAAAAUUUAAAUAUUUGCAAGAUAUUCUAAAUGCAUCUGAUAAUCCCAUUUGUGGUGCAGUGUUUCAAAGAAAUGUUACCUAAAAGCAUCCUAUCACCUAACUCAAUAAAUGUUAUUUAGAACUUUGAAACCCAUUUAACGUCUUGAACAAUGGAUCGUGUUGUCUUUUGUCAAGGAUAACAAAUUUCAAAGCCCUCAAGACUGAGCUGAGCUCUCUAUUGGUUUAGCAUAAUCCAGUUAUAACAGAGAACCCCAUAUAACAAAAACAAUGGAACUGACCUGAUUCUUGUGGAUAAUUACAUUGUCAAAACAAAACCAAAAAAGCUCCAGCCAGAGGCAAAAAGAAAUCUUACGAAAUAUUUGGAUUUUCUGGUAGACUUAACUAGCAAACGUACUGGGUUGCUAUUCUCUUCUGUUCACAGUGCUAAUAGGACAUUCUGUGUUAGGUCAAUCUUGUGAGAAUUUACAGCUGCGAGGAAUAUAUUUUGAAGUCAUUCUGCAGUGUGGACAAUCUUUGAGGACAUUCUGCAGUGUGUAAAACCAUGUGAGGACAUCCUGUUUGGACGCUCUGCUGUGAGGACGUACUUCUGGAAGGACAGCCUUAUGAAGACCACCACAUACUCCAUAAUGCAGAUAUUUCUUGUUGUCAUCAUCUGUGUUCUCCUCUGGCUGAAACUGAAGCCCCGGAGGCCCAAGCAUUUCCCUCCAGGCCCCGAUCCUGUUCCAGUAUUUGGGAAUAUACUCCAGCUGAGCACGACAAACCCACUGAGGGACCUCAACAAGUUUGCCCGGCGUUAUGGAGACGUGUACAGUCUGUUCCUUGGCAACAGGCCGGCAGUGUUUCUGCACGGACUGCAGGUCAUCAGGCAGGCUCUGGUGACUCAGGGAGCAGACUUCGCCGGCCGGCCCCAGGGCCUGAUGAUCAACCAUGUGACGGAGAAUAAAGGGCUGAUCAUGGCCAACUAUGGGCCAACGUGGAAGGAACAUAGGCGCUUUGCCCUGGCCUCCAUGAAGACCUUCGGUCUGGGUAAAAAGACCAUGGAGAACAAGAUCUUGGAGGAGACCCAUCACAUCUGCAGCCACUUAGAAAACCAUCUGGGGGAUCCAGUGGAUCCUUCGUUUCUGAUCCACAGCGCCUCGUCCAACGUGAUCUGCUCUGUCCUGUUUGGAGAGCGUUUUGAGUACAAAGACGAGAUGCACAAGCUCAUCAUCAACAGCUUCAAGGAGAACGCUCAGGUGGCCAAUGGGGCCUGGGCAGCAAUCUACGAUGGGUUCCCGGCUUUGCGAGGGCUUCCACUGCCCUUCCAGAGGGUAUUCAAGAACUUUGACAUCAUAAAGAAUCAUGUCAGGGGCGUCGUGAAGCAGCACAAGUCCUCCCGGGUCCCCGGAGAACAGCGAGAUGUCAUUGACUGCUAUCUGGAUGAGAUGGAGAGCACACAAGAUGGCCGCCUGUUGGAGGAGGAGCGGUUAGUCAUGCUGCUGCUUGACCUUCACUUCGCUGCCACCGACACCACGGCCAACGCCAUCCUCUCUGGCGUCCUCUACCUGGCCACGCACAGGGACAUACAGGCCCGCUGUCAGAGGGAGUUGGACGAGGGCCUGGCGGGCCGCGUCGGCAUUUCAUUUGAAGAUCGCCACAGGAUGCCGUUUGUGAUGGCCACCCUCCACGAGACGGUGCGUGUGGCCAACAUCGCCCCAGUGGGGGUGUUCCACGCCACUACCAGGGACACCACGCUGAAGGGCUACCGCAUCCCAGAGGGGACUCUGGUGAUUACCAACCUGACUUCUGUGCUGUCUGAGGGCCCCCACUGGGAGAGACCAUCAGACUUCUAUCCUCCACACUUCUUAGAUCAGGACGGAAGCUUCCGGAAGCCUGAGGCCUACCUGGCAUUUUCUGCUGGUCCUCGUGUUUGCCUUGGGGAACAAUUGGCGAACAUGGAACUCUUUCUGGUCUUGGUUUCCCUCCUCCAGGACUUCGUGUUUGUGUGGCCUGAAGAGGACACUCCUGACCUGACGCCCGUGUUCGGAGGCAUCCAGUCCCCCAAACCCUACAGAGUCACGUUCAGGCCCAGAAGACCGCAUUAAAGUUGAAAUCAAAGCCAUAAGUAUGAACCACCUGAUGACGAACAUUAAUGGGUCCUUAUCCAAUAAAUAAUGGCUUGCUUUUGGACCGUGAGUAGCUUGAUAUAUAUGACCAGUUUGACCACCACAAGAGGGCACUACUGGGUAACUCUGACCACUGCACAACUCUAUGGCUACAUAGAGGUGCGUUAUUCCUACAAUUACAAAAGGUCAACCGAUGUUAUGAUUUCUUUUAAGAAGCCAAUACCUCUGUCUCUGUGUGUGUGUGUGUGUGUGUGUGUGUGUGUGUGUGUGUGUGUGUGUGUGUGUGUGUGUGUGUGUGUGUGUGUGUGUGUGUGUGUGUGUGUGUGUGUGUGUGUGUGUGUGUGUGUGUGUGUGUGUGUGUGUGAGACAGAGAGAGAGGGAGAAAGAGAGAUCCAGAGAGUCAGAGACAGAGAGACAAAUACAGCGACGGAGUGACAAAGACAGACUCAUAUUUGCAGACCAUUUGCGCUGUUCACAUAGUAGAUGAAGCGAACAAUGGAGUGCGGCUCUCGAUGGUAUUAGCUGAAAAGCAGGAGUUACAUAACCGUUAUUGACUCUAAUUGAGUGCUUGCAGCAGUGCUGAGUAGGUCUAUUGGAUUUGUAUUGUAUUGAGCACAAAACGUGCAGCUGUUUGCUUAAGGGUGAAUAAAGACAACGGCCAAAAAUAGCUCUUUUCAGCGGUAUUCCCAUAUGGAAGUCUGAAUCCAACCCUUAUAGACAUCUUCAAACGCUUUCAACCGUAAGCGUCGCUUGGCGGCGAUGACAUUCAGCCUAUCAAGCAGCGGCUAUACGCUUGUUACAAUAAAACACUGUGUCGUUUGUUUAUGAAGCGAGUAUGUUAAAGUUAGGGUGUAAACAUCCAAUAAACGUCUUUUGUUCCC